AUUACAAAUUAUUCCUACUUAUCUUAAAAAUAAAGUAGAAAUCUGGUAUAAUAAUGCUAACCAACAACAAGCUUUUGGAUAUUGGGAUGCACUAAACCAAGCUAAUACUACUGAGCUAACUCACUGUGUACAAGAGCUAUCUAAAACUGUAGACCAAUAUACUAUGCAUCUACAUGAAUUAUAUUGUCGAUUAGAAACAAAUACUAAUGUUUACCCAGAAAUAGAAAAAGUUCGUAAAUUUACUACUGGUUUAAGAACAGAAUUACAAAUAGUAGUACGUCCAUUUGGUAAAAAUACUUGGAAUGGAGUAGUUAACAGAGCAAAAACCUGUGAACUUACUUGCUAUAAUACUGCAAUAUAUAUUGCUCCUAAUCUUAACAAUAAUAUUAUUACUCCAACUCCUACAUCUUCUAAUUCUGUUGAAAUUAUAAUAGAAGCUCUCACCAAAUAUAUAAAAAAUCUUGAAAAGAAAAUUGAAAAGAAAUUAAAAACAACAACU